AAUUAGCAAGGCCUUUUGUGUGCAUCAUCCUUGCGCCAACACUCCUAUCUGCGGCCCGUUGUGGUGAAAUCUUCUGCCUGGCGUGUUGCAGUCGGUCUCAACCCCUUGGAAACGGGGUGUCUAGCUCUUCGAAACAGACACAACGGGCUCGGCAAGCUGGGCAAAGCCGAUCGUUCAUCUUCUUCCGUUGAGGAUGACGCCGAAGUGAAAGCUAUAUAAGGGAGAUGGAAGAUUCCAUUUCGUCUAGAACUAUUCUUCUCAAUCUAAACUCAACAGCUCAUCACUUUCCCUCACAAGCACGCAAGCACGCAAGCAAAAAGCUAGUGAUCAGACUCUCCCGUCUUUAGUCUAUAACUUUGACUCUUGAUCGGCUCUAUACCCCAGAUCUCAACCCUUCCCUUCUAUACUUCACCCUCUUCUCCCUCAUCAACCAUCCGUCACAAUGGCCCCCGUUACCUACGACAUUCCUGCUACGCAGACCACCACCUCCCAGAAGCCAGCGGUCUCUUUGGAUAUCUUCCCCGAUGGCUUGAAGACCACCGGCCAGCAGCCCCCUCUCUACGACCAGAUCAGACCGUUCUCCGAAUUCCCCAAGAAAAUCACCGGCCCAACAGUCUGGAAGGCUGAGGACUACAAGAACAAUCCUGAGAAAUGGACCCAUCGUUUCACUGAGGAGGAAUGCGCCGAGAUGAGCGCUGCUGCUGAUGCCUUUGUUGCUUCUGGCAUCCCCCUGACUGCCAUAUCCAAAGACAACUUCAGACUCCCCAAGUUCUCCAGCUUCCUAGAAGUCUUGAGAAAGGAUAUCAUUGAUGGCAAGGGAUUCAUCCUUUUCAAGGGAUUCCCAGUCCAGGAAUGGGGAACCCGCAAGGCUGCCAUUGCCUACAUGGGUCUCGGAACCUAUCUUGGAUACUUCGUCAGCCAGAACAGCCGUGGCCACGCUCUGGGACACGUUAAGGAUCUUGGCGAAGACUCUGGAAAGAUCGACAAAGUCCGUAUCUACAGAACCAACGCUAGACAAUUCUUCCACACCGAUGACUGUGACAUCGUUGGUUUGCUUUGCGUCGCCAAGGCAUUUGAGGGUGGCGAGUCAGAUAUCAUCUCUUCUCACCACGUCUACAAUGUCCUCGCUGAGGAGCGCCCAGAUGUCCUGGAGACCUUGACCAAGCCCAACUGGUACGUUGAUCGUAAGGGUGAGGUUAGUGUUGGUGAAGAGGAGUACAUCAGAGCUGCCAUUAUGUACCUUGAGCCCAAGGGAGGCCGCGUCUACACCAAAUGGGACCCUUACUAUGUUCAGUCCCUUAGCCGUUUCUCCGAUGCGGGCAUCAUCCCACCACUCUCCCCAGAGCAGGUCGAGGCCAUGGAAGUCCUUGAGGCCACCUGCCUCCGCCUCUCCCUCCACAUGGUUCUCGAUGUUGGUGACAUCCAGUUCCUCUCCAACUCUCAGGUCCUCCACGCCCGUACUGCCUACAAGGACUUCCCACCACCAGCUCCUCGCCGCCACCUCAUGAGACUCUGGCUCUCUACCCCUGAGGACGAGGGUGGCUGGAACCUCCCAUUCUGGGACACCAACGAGAAGAAGCGUGGUGGUAUCCAGGUCAACGACAACGCUCCAGUCGCCAACUUGGACGCCGACUAA